AUGGAAUUCGUUGGUGGUAUCCGUGGCGAUAUACACGAAAGGAACUUCGACGACCAAAAGGACAAAAAUUUUGUGAAGGGUCUUGCCACAACUCCCUACAAAGAUUUCAAGGACAGAGUGCAGAAAGCAGCCCCUGGAACAUGUGAGUGGAUAGACUGUGUUGCCGACUUUCGAGACUGGCUCCAGGACCUCGAGGUAACCGUUCUCAUGCUCAUGGGUCGGAUGGCCUGUGGGAAGACAGUGCUGGCUAAGCACCUCAUCGAUCGUGACAGAUGGGGUCCUGACGCCACGAUUUGCUACUUCUUUUUUAAUGAUCGUGGUCAGGAGUUUCAAAAAUUGACAUCGGCUCUCCGUGCUAUGCUGCAUCAGCUAUUUACCCGGAAACCAGCUCUCAUCCGUCAUGCUCGUCCCUUAUAUAAUGAAAACUUCGGGGGUCGCGCUCAAACCCCAGCCGGUUUACGGUCGAUUCUGUUCGACGUCAUCAACGAUCCUGAAUGCGGGAACUUGGUCUGCAUACUUGAUGCGUUGAACGAGUGCAGUGAGCAGGCGGAAUUGCUUCAAGUCAUUCGGGAUCUGUGUACGAGCAAGCGGCGAUACCAAUUGAAGCUCAUACUCACAUCUCGUCCGCGCCCUAAGAUAUAUGACCAUUGGUGUCGUCUGGCCCAAGGUAGAACUGAAUGGCGAUGGUUGAACUUGGACAACUGGAGCCUGAAGAGGGAAGUUGACGACGAUAUCAAGCGAUAUAUUCAGUAUGCCGUUCACGAACUGGCCACCCGCAGAGGCCUCCGAGCAUCUGCAUUGCGUCGUGUCGAGGAGACAAUGCUUGAAAGGGCGGGAAGCACGUAUCUCUGGGCCAAUGGAACGAUUCGUAUGCUGGAGAAUUCCAACAUCUACACGCAAAGAUCGCUGGAAGCACUUCUAUCCACGAAAUUGCCUACAGUUAUCUCACAGGUUUAUCAUACAAUGAUUGAGCGGAGCGAAGACCGAGAUUAUGCCAUGAAAAUUCUCUCCAUAGCCUGUGCCGCGACGCGACCGCUGACCUGGGCGGAACUGCAUUUGGCCCUCACGAUCAAGCUCGGAGACAAGGGGGUCAAGUACCUUCAAUCGUCGGACGAAUCAUCCUACAGCCAGCGUAUCGUGACAGCGAGCGUGGAUCUCCUCCAUAUCACAGAGGAGAAGGUACACUCUCUGCAUUGGUCGCUUCGCCAAUUCCUACUCCAAGGGCCUGGUGGUGAUGGCAUGGUGAAUCCUGGCAACCCCCAGCUUCUGCUUGCAACCAGCUGCAUCGCCGACCUUUUGCUCGACGAGUUCGCCACUGAUCCCCUGCCAGAAUCCAUACAAGAUGGAACCCCCGAGUCCGAUGGUUGGAUCAAGGAGUAUCUCAAGCAGCAUCCGUUUCUGGAGUACGCGGCUGAAUCCUGGGCAUCCCACCUUAGCCUCAUCACCAAUGGAGGUGAACUGCUCUUGCCAAUGGCAAUCGCCCUCUGUGACACCAAUUCAGGCCGGUUCAGAACCUGGUUUCGGGUUUUCUGGAGUACAAUCGACGAAGUCCCCUUUCCCUGUCCUCGAGAAUUCUCCAACAUGAUGGUUGCGUCGUUCCUAGGUCUCGAGCAAGUCGUUGCCCACGAGCUCGAUGUCCUUGAACGCGCUAGUAUCGACAUUCCCGGCGAUCACGGAUGGACUGCCUUGAUAUGCGCCGCACACAAUGGCCAUGGGGCGACUCUCAACCUCCUUUUGGAGUGGGGAGGCAAUCCUUACUUUGGCGAUGGCCAAGGCAGGACGGCGAUACACCACGCCGCUUUCAGGGGCAAGGAAAAUAUACUCAGACUUAUGGUAGAACACCGUUUCAACCUCUCGAUACCGGAUGCAAAUGGCUGCACUCCCCUACAUCUUGCCGCCAUGCAAGGCCACGAGGAAGUCCUCAGCAUCCUACUAGACUGGGAAAGCUCAAUCGACGACCGGGACGACACGGGACGUACAGCUCUGCAUUAUGCUGCUUCAAACGACCAGGAGGCCAUAGUGCGCCUGCUCCUUGCCUACGGGGCGGAUCCAGACCUAAAGGACCAUGCUGGCAGAACAGCUAGAGAUUUUGCCGUUGAGUAUUUUCUAGAGGAGGAUCACCAGAAACCUCUUGGGGAAACCGCAUCUAGCGACCAAGUCGACUUGCAUGCUCCCCCCACGGUCGAUGAGUCGGCGACUGUCGGUGAUGGGGCGCCUAAUGUUGAGUCCACAGUGUCCCAACCCUUGACUUCGAUAGACCUACAAAGAAGGAUCAUCGCCACAGAAAAGGUUGAAAAUGUCACACGCAGCCAACGAACCACACACAAUCUGGUGUUCCAAGUCCUCGAGGCAAAAGGGGAUGCUCCAAAACUUUCUAACGAACCUAUCGGACGGACCGACGAUGUGGACAGCCUGUUCAGCGCGAAUGUUGUUGACAUCAAGUUCUCCGAUGGUGUCGCACGUCCUCUCAAAGAGGCAGACAAGCCCAAGCUCAGAGAUAUUGUCAACGGGAAGGCCGACAUUUACAGAAACUUACCGGCUGAAGUGCAGCGCCUUAGAUGGCUACAUCUUCCAGCAAAUAACCUCAUGAUGCAGCAAUACGAGAGUGUAGGAAAAGUCUCGCGGGCUGUUGUCCUGCGUCCUGAUCUUUGGAUUGAACGACUACACAAAGCCUCGCCUCACAGACCCCAUGCUUGCUUCUUGACUCCCUUCUGCGAGUCUAUAAGUAUGCUCAGUCUCAUGCCGUACAUCCACUGGGAGAAGUGGGAGACGUUUGUCGACAUGAGAGACUAUGUAAAGAGCAUCAUGCAGGAUCGUGGCGAGAUGCAUGAAGCGGACAAGCACAAGAAGCUCAUUUGGGCAUAUUUGAAUCCCAAAGACGGUAGCAACCCUAUUCACCUUCGCCGUACGCUCGACCAGUAUUACUACUUCUCCCUGGACGACACCAGCGACAGAGAUGGUGAUCAAGUGACAGGUCGCCUGUUCGAUCGUGGUGAUCUCGUUGGCGACAAGGUCCUUAUGAUGGUCGACCAGUUGUGGCUGUGGGUUGUUGGAGAUAUGGUAUUCACCAGCUUCCCUCAGAGAUGGAGCUACCAAGGUGAACCUCACGAGCGCACUGAUAUUGCCCGCAACAUCGAGACGAAUUCUUCUCCAAUCCGGUCAACAUAUGAAUUUGCCGAACUCAUUAUUGGCGAGUGCCUGAGAACAUGCCUCGACCCGAGUAAGGGUGGCGAUAAGACAGUCCACUUCUUUGAGCACUAUGAGAUGUCGAUAGGGGCAGUGACCAACAAAGAAGCUCAACAAUUCGAGAAAUUCUCCUCCAUGGUAGAGAACUCGAAGAACCAGGACACGGGCCAUGACCUGGACAAGAAUAGUCGAGACUUUCUUGAUAUCCGCAAAGAGGUUGAACUGUUGAAAGAGGUCAAGGAUAUCCGCGACGAACUCCACACCCUUUUGAUAAUCUUCCAAGAUCAGCAAAAGGUCCUCCAGGAUCUGAAGAGACUCGCCAAGGUCAACACAGAUGACCGAGAGACGCAAGCAGACUCUGGCACCCCCAGAUUCGCCAUACCAUGCCAGAUCGUGGACUGGAACAUUGCUGAUAUCAAGAGAAUGGACGAUCAGGCUGCAAGAACACUAGACGCGCUCAACCAUCUGGUCGACCUCAAACAGAAGCAUGCAAGCCUCCUCGAGGCGCGCUGGGCCCGCGAUGAAGCCGUGCAGACACGGAGACAGGCCGAAGAAACAGCCAGGCAGGGUAAUACGAUUAUGGUCUUCACCAUUGUCACUAUAGUUUUCCUCCCCCUAUCCUUUAUCGCGGCAUUCUUCGCCAUCAACAUCGUCGAGUUCCCCAAAGACCCCGACGGCCUCCAUCUCGGCUAUGUCUCCAAGUAUAUGUUCUCCAUCUCCGCCGCCAUCAUCAUUCCCCUCAUCCUCAUCGCCUUCAACGUCAACGAAGUCGCCGCUGCCUUUGGUUCCUUUGGCAAAUUGGCGCGCCGUCAUAGCAACUACCUUGUAUCCACGCUGCAGCACAGUCGCUGGGCUUCUCCUCACCCUCUUGCUCCAAACAAAGCGCCAGUCCAAAUAGCUCCAGAUUCAGCUGCAGGGGUAGCAGUCAACGUCAACAGCAAUAGUUUCGUCAAGGGAAAGCUACCGCAUCCCAAGCUCGAGAAGCGCUCCGAACAGAGCGUCGUCACUGACUCCAAACCAGGCGGCGGCACCAGAGACGGGUCUGUCGACGAUGGCCUCACUUCCCCUAUGGCGGCCGACAGGUCGCCUCACACGCUGAUGGACGUGCUGUGGUAUGUCAUCUUUGUGCUCCCUUUGGGGGAGGUGCAUUUUGCGCUGCGGCUGCUAGGCUGUGUCGGGCAGGGUCCUGGUGGUCAAGAGGGGCAGGUCGGAAAAGGAGGAUGGUCUGCAGCGGCGGCGGCGGCCGCGGCGGUAGGUGUAGGGGUCAAGAGCGCCUCUGUCGGAGUAGAAGAAGAGUCAUCCCAGAAUUCGGAUGAGGACGAGGGUUCGGACAAGGGGCAGACGAAGAACAAGAAGAGUAGUUGGCGGAUGCGGAGAGGGCCCCAGACCCUCGCUAGAGCCGUCGUCAGCUUUCUUCGUCUGUGUCUCGUCCCCCUGUGGACUGUGGCGUUGGUGCUUGUAGCGUCGGUCUUUACCGUCGUCUACGUCGUCGUCACGCUCCUGUUUGACGACAGUCCCAUCCAGCGCGUGGUUCGACGUCUGAUGUAUUCUGGCCGUGGGAGUUCGCCGACUCGGGCAGUGGCACGUGGUCAGCUGGGAUCUGCCGGUCAGGGAGCGACACACGAGGAUGAGGUACAUGUCACCGUUUAA